ACUCACCCUGUGAAGAUCCCGUUUUGGCGUAUCUUGGUCGAUCAAGGCGCUAGUAAUCAAGCAAUCCUCGACCACGAGUACCCAGGAUCGGGCACCGAACACGACCCCUUUGUGGUGACUUGGAUCCCAAACGACUGUCGGGAUCCCCAUUUAUUCAGCUUUCCCAGUAAAAUAUGCAUCAUGCUUGUCGCCGCAUCUUCGACUCUGAUCUUAAUUCCUGCGCUGGAUGUCUUGGGGUUUGCGAUUGGUCCGUUACUUUGGGCUCCUUUGAGCGAACUAUGCGGUCGCCAGAUUUCGUUUUUGAUUAGCUUAAGCGGCAUGGCGGCAUUUUUGGCUGGCUGUGCAGCUGCUCCACACAUUUAG